UUAUCAGUCGACCGAAAAGAUCCGUGGGGAUCCUUCCGCGGCAGCGCCCCGCGCAUUACUUCUAACCAACCCUCGUGUUGGAUACGCGUUUAUACCUUGUGUGCACACACGUUUUCUUGUUUUCUUUCAAGUACUACAUACGUACCAAACGAUUUUCCUCAUUCAUGUUUUUAGUUGCUCGCAUAUACGUAUAGGGUACGUCGUUACCUUUAAGGGCGUUCAAAUAAAAGCGCGGGAAACAAUCGGUGAUUUGAUUUUUCGUUUUCUAUUAAAACAAAAUCGUAUCGAUAGAGAUAGUGUGCGACGCGUAAUAAGAGCAACGAUAAUGAAGUCGUUUCGACAUUAUUGCGAUGGUGUAGAAUACGCGUGUCGGGGUAAACGUGUCAAGGUGCCGUCAGCGUAGCGCAACGAUUCCGGUGACGACACGCAACCAACACACGUUGAUUCAACGAGGAAAUCAGACGAAGGUGCGUUUAUUUCCAUGGCAACGUGACGACGCACGGAUUCUUACCACGGAUACGCAACAAGGCUCGAGAAACGAAGCGGAAGCUGAAGCAGCGACAAACUACUACCAGGAUACGCAAAUGUGAUCACGAGAAGGAAGGAUAUGAUAAACUGUGGCCGAUGAAGAAGAGAGCAGCACGAACACGAGUACGAGCAGGAGCACGAGUAAGAGCAAGCGGCUUCGUCGAGGAAGACGAGAAGAAACGACGACGAGGCGGCGGCAGGAAUACCGAUAAAAAGAUCAACACUAGAUCUGAUGUUAGCGGACAUUAACGGUAACUUGGCGGAUCUGAGAAGCGAAGCGAUGGCGUCGCAGAGGUUUUGUCUGCGCUGGAACAAUCAUCAAAGUAAUCUACUCUCUGUUUUCGACCAACUGCUCCAUGACGAGUCGUUCGUCGACGUUACGCUGGCUGUCGAGGGUCAGCUACUCAGGGCACAUAAAAUGGUGCUGUCGGCGUGUAGCCCUUACUUUCAGGCCCUUUUCGUCGGCCACCCCGACAAGCACCCGAUAGUCAUUUUGAAAGAUGUCCCAUACGUGGACAUGCGAAGCCUUUUGGAUUUCAUGUAUCGCGGCGAGGUGAGCGUGGACCAGGACAGGUUAACGGCCUUCUUGAGAGUCGCCGAGUCUCUCAGGAUAAAGGGUUUGACGGAGGUAAACGAGGACAAGUGUGACUUGCCUAGUAUUACCUCGUCGUUGCUUGGCAAUCAAAACACAGUACCUCCACCGCCACCGAAUCUACAUAGAAUAAACCAAAUCGGCCCUCACCACCACGUAUCGCAGAAGAGGAUGCACCAUAUGUCGAGCCAUCCUCUCCUCGGUUCGGCCUUAUCCGCGCCAAAGAGGAAAAGGGGUAGACCGAGGAAGUUGAGCGGUUCCUCCGACACACCGAUCGGCGAGAUAUCCGGACAGGAGUUGCAGUCUUGCUCGGGAGCCGAUCUGGUACAAGGCUCGCCGGAGAUGAUGGAAAUGAAGAUGAGUAUCGACUUUCAGAGCGAAGGUAGCGGAAAUGGAGGCGGCGGCGGCGGUGGUAGAAGUGGGAACGGUACCGGUUCCGCGAGUAGUAACAACGUGAGCAAUAAUAACGUGGGGAAUUCGGCUUCGACGGGAAAUAACGCGGCAGCGUCAUCCUUGUCGUCGUCGAGAAAGGACGAGCCAACGGAGAACGGUACCGAUACACCUGAGUCGAUGACACCCCGCGUCAAGAGAGAACCGGAACCGACGCCUAGCACCUCUGCCCAAGGCUCUGACGAGACGUUCGCGCGGCCGCACAGUAGGCAAGGGAGCGAAGGUUUCAAGCAAGAGUUCUCGGGCUGCACGAAGUCGGAAGGCGAGACGUGGAAAGAGAAGACAAGAAACGUCGGUUCAGGGAAUCAAACGAGUACAGAAACGUCCGGCUCGAAAUCGACUAGUACCAAUUCGUCGACGACCACCACGAGCAGCUCGUCGACGACCGCGUCCAGUUCCGGCACAACCACCACCACCACAUCAACGAGAAGUUCCUCGGCAUCGCCGGCGACUAGCAGAAACAACGCGCAGAACAACGCCGGCAGUGGAGGUAGCAGCAGCAGCAGCAGCCCUGCACCGACGCUGAACUCGUCGACGAGCGGUCAGGUCGGCACAAUGUCCGCGCCACCGGGUCGACAAGUACCGAAAAGACGGAUGAGACGUCGCGCGACCUCGCACUCGCAAGAUCCCGCGGAACAGCUUACCGAAAUGUCUGUCCGCGGUUUGAAUCUCUUUCGUUACGCCUCGAUAUCCGAGGGCGUUUAUCAGUGUACCGAGUGCGCGAAGCUCGACAUCCAGAAGACGUUCAAGAACAAGUACAGCUUCCAACGACACGCCUUCCUCUACCACGAGGGCCACCAGAGGAAGGUGUUCCCGUGCCCGGUCUGCGGCAAAGAGUUCUCAAGGCCGGACAAGAUGAAGAAUCAUAUGAAGACGGUCCACGAUUGCUUCAUGCCGAAGGACUGCGUGAUGCCCUUCGGCUUUUUUCUCUCGCCUUAGCGGGCGUCGCGAGGGCGUGGUGGGAUGGUGAUCGGUCCGGCACGAAGAACCAUCAUCACGGCUAGGACGGAUGACGAGAAUGCCGGGCAACGGGCACCGGAAACAGCCGCUGGCAGCGGUGUCCAAAGAAACGUUCGAGCUUCGAUCUCCUCGAGGCAUCAGCCAAGGAUGUUGUCCGUGUUCAGGCGGGGCCGCGUUUGACACCUUUACCCGUCGUAUCACCCGUCGUCUUCUUCAGCGUCGGCCUAGUCUAGUCACCCCGCAGCGGCGGCGUGCUCGUAUUCUACUCCCUCUGUGUACGGCGGACCAAUCGCCUAUGCCCAUCUCACCCCCGCGAAAGUUCGACUAUGAAAAAUCUGGUAUUAUUAAAUGGCGCGAUAACGAUCGGAUUUAGUCGUUUAACCGAGCGGAUAUGUCGGGAGGAGGAGGACACCACGCGACCGGAUCGGAUGCAAAACACUUGUUGCAGCGGGACGACAUCGAGUGAUCGCGCGGAGAAGACACGAACAGAGGGGAGAAAAAAAUAAAUAUAUAUGUAUCUAUUCGUGACGACUCGACUAGUGAUCUGUGUACAUUUAGUAUUAUCUUAUGAUCCUUGAACUGUGCAAUAGCGCGCUGAUGCUUGUAGUCGAUCGAUGCGUCUACGCCUGUUGUCUCUCCUUCACUAGCGCGCCGGUCCUUGUUCGUGCGAGUCCCUUCUCGGCGUGUACGGUGCGUUGCGUUGCGUUGCGUUGCGUUGCGUUGCAUACGAAUGCCAGCGAUGCCGAAGCCUUUUUGGACAUUUUUAAAAGAGGGACACACUCGACGGCUACGUUUGCGUAUGUACACUUUCUUGUAAUUUAGGCUUCUUUUGGUUAAGGGUAGCUGUAGGGGUACAAGUCUCUAUUGUCUUUAGAUUUAAAAGAGACUAAGAACAUAGAACCUCCUGUUAUUGUAAUUAAAGAAUAUGGACAUAAGGUAAAUCGUAGAAUAUUCUUAACUAACGGAAACCUGAGUUGCACCUGAUUCUACAUUUGGGUGCAAUUUAGACUUCGCUUAGUUAAGAUAAAUAUAAGAAAAUCUCCCACUACUUGUCUUCGAUAUUGAAAUUUUUAAGUACUCUUUCCCCUACGUUUCCCCUUAAUCAAAGGAAGCCUAAGUUGCACGUGACCGUACCGUGUGAUGUACGUAAACCAUUGUUUCACAAUGCUGAAUAUUCGUAUCGUAUCGGGCCCGCGUAACCGGAAACAAAGCUUUUUUUUAAAUGAAGAAUAAAUCAUGGCAGUAUUUUACGCGGGCGUAGUCUGCAUUAAUUCCAAUUGUCUCGUUAUGUUUUAAGAGUCCAAAUUUAAUGAUAUCGGCGAACAAAUAUUUAAAGGGAUUGAUAUAAUACCUUGCGAAACCGACGAGCUUUCUUCGUGCCUUUUCUUCUUUUUUCUUCUUUAAGAAUAAUUCUCGUCGAGGCUUGCGUAUGAAAUUGAUAUAUAUAUAUUUUUUUUUAAUGCAAAUACAGUGUAACGUAAGCAAUACGAUUAAUGGGACUGACAGGAUAUCGUUGCGCGAGUAUACUUCCGUUUCUCUAGAUCAUACCGUGAUAGCUUUAACAAAAAUAUACGUCUUCGAUGCUUUAACGCGAAUGAUUCUAUUUUCUUUUUGUUUCUUUUUUUCUGUUUUACAAAUUUUCGAUUUCAGCAAUUUAUAUGUGAAACGUUGGUUACGAAUGUUACGUUCUCUCUUCUUUUUACAGUCCCUUCUACUACUGCAUGAAACUCUGCAUAUUCUCAGACAAACCACCUCAUUUUUUUCUUUUUUAAUUUACCUUUGUAGGAAGAUAUUUUUUUAACUGAACGUACACGUUCAUUUGUACACACAUUUUCUUUAUUUUUACCAACGGCAUGAUAUAUAAAAGGGGGACGUUCAUUCGGAUUUCUUAAAAGUUGCAUGCAGAGUUUCUUAGUCAAGAUUGUUCUCUAUUUUUUCAUUUUUUCCUAAGCCUUCCAACACAGAUUCGAUUCCAAUGGUGCGUAGCGAAGUGCGUAUUAGUAAAAAGUGUAAAGAAAAAAAAAUGGAGGGAAGAAGACGGAAAUGUAUAUUUAUCACAGAGUUUAUAGAUUCGCUGCGAGCACAAAAGACUCGUAGAGUUUUGUUAGAUAGUGCCUAACUAGAGAGACAAAGAGAAAGAAAGAGAGAGAGAAAAGAAACGAAUUAAACUGCAUAGCAGCCUCGGUAUAUGUACAGGUUUUCUGGGAAAGUGUAUUAUAGUUAUUACCAAUUAUUAAUUAUUAUUACUAUUAUCAUUAUUGAUUUACCAUUACUCGCACUACUAUUAAUGCGGCAAACAAUAUUAUUUUUAUUAUCACCGUUACAGUUUAUUGCUAUUAAUAUUAUUAUAUAUAGAUAUAUAUAUAUAUAUUGUUUGAUAAGAAUUUAUUAACUUUUAGAUAAUGGACAAGCACCGAUAAAAUUGGUUAUUAUUGCUAGGUAUAUAAGUUAAUAAUGCACAGGCAAACGCAGACAAGUUAUAGAGAAAGUUUAUAUAUGUAUACAGACAUAGUAUAUAUUAUUAUAAAAAGAAAAGAAUGGCCCUUCAGUUAGUUCGGGUCUGGACCGUUUGUUUUUCUCUUUGAUUUAUUAUUAUUAUUAUAUUAUAUUAUAUUAUUAUGUAUAUUAUACUAUUUUUCGUUCAUUCGUUCGUUUAAAAACCUGCAAAGAAAUCAAUUAUUUGAUAACAUUUAUUGUUAACAAGUUUCUUCUAUUUUUUUUUUUUUUCUUUUUUCGGUGUUGGGACACCGCGAUGUAGACAUAGUUUUUUCAAGUCGAAUUUACACCGAAAUCACACAUAAUUCUCACACCGUUCGCACGGUUGUUUGUAAUGCAAGUUUUCCGAUUCGUUCGUGGGAAAAAUAGGUGUUUUCUCGUGUCUGCGACGUUGUUUCGCGAUACAAUGGGAAACAAUGGCGCAGUUACGUUGAAUCGUUUUUACAUAAGACAACGAUAAACAGGUACAUCUCGUUCGGUCAUGAAUCUUUCGACAGCAUUUCUUAUUUUUCAUUUACUUCUCGACGAAGCCGUAAUUUAGCAAUAAAAGAUUAAGCGAUUCGCGAGCAAUUAUUGGUAAAAGUCGAGUUUUGAUAUUACACGGACUAACUGCAUAUCCCCUGGUUUAAAAAGCCCGUCUUGUUCUACGAAUUUACUAGGAAUAACGUUUAAUAAUUACACGUCGAGUCUCCGAAGCAACGAACUCUGUUCCAAUUCUCGUUUCUCUUUUUGUUUAACACGUUUGUCGAUAUUCAGAAAUUUUAUAAAAUUUUCAUUAGCAUCGUUUUCCAUAAAAAUGUAUAUAUUGGUAAAAAUUCUUUGAAUAGUAUUAAAAAUUGGAUAAUUAAAGGUGGAAAAAAGUAAUUAUUUAAUAGUAUUAGCAUUGGGCUAAUAAUUUAGCAAAUUCUGUGGCAAUCAAUAUAUUUACUGUGUUGGUAUAAAACGUGUUAAAUAUUAGUUUUGACGAGAACAUUCGAACGAAUACCGAACGGAAAGCAGUAUUUUGGUCUUCCGAAUCGGUGUUGUACGCGUAAGAGGGUCGUGUGAAAAUGAGUUUGGAUGGAUUGCGUGUAUGUCAGAAUGAUGAUGGUUGUCAAAGAGCUAUUUAAAAAAGAAGAAUAUAUUAUAUAUACAUGUAUAUGUGAAGAGAGGUCUAUUACGCGAGAGGGAAUGUGCAUCUGCGUGUGAUUUGAGCCAGUUAAUAUUCAACACAUUGCUAAUUAGUAGAAAUUCAUUUACAAUUGGUAUUUAACACAUCUUCAUUUAGUAGAGAUAUUAUUUUUUAAAAAGGAAAUUUUUAUUUUAUUGUUAUUUAUCCCAUUUCUAUAAUUACUAGUUUGUAAUUUUCUAAUUUGGGAUUUAGAAAAUUAAAUUUAAAUCGUCGCUAUUUCAAUAAUCCAUCAUUGAAUUUACAGAAAAUUAAAAGGAAAUAUCCGUGUUGGCAAUGUGUUCGAUAAAAGCAACUCGCAAAAAGGAAGAAAAUGUUAGCUGAAGCUCAGACAUUGUAUUCUCGCACAAUCCUUUCUCUUGCGUCCAACUAAUCAUUGUUAUUGUCGUAGAGAGCGUAACUUUUACUUUGAUAUUAAUAUUAAUACGAACACACGCACACAAACACGCAUAUCCGUUGGAAUUGUACGAUCGCUAUUAAAUUGUGCAAGAUAUUUCUGGCAAAAUUUGCUGGAUCCCUUGAUCGCAGCCAUAGAUCUCUAGAUUCGUGAUUGGUGAUCGAUAAAUAUGUGAUCGAUAACGCGUGUAUGCGAUUCGUUACAACAGAGAGAAAAUUUAUAUAUACAUUUUAGAAAAGAUAGAGUUGCAUCGUUCGAAUGGCACGACACACUGACGAAUCUUCAAAAAACCUCUAAAAAAAUGAAAAAAAAAUAAAAAAAUAAAAAAAUACAAAUUCCUAAUUUUAAUGACGUGUGCAAAAAAAAGCAAUUAAAAAAAGAAACACGAUCGUGUUACACUCUUCUUUUCUUCACUUUCCAUGCAUUGCGACAACAUUACCUUACUUCUUACGUUUUAGUUUUAUACUGCUAUUGUAAUAGUUCUAGAUAUUCUAUAUUAAUAUUAUAUUACUACUAUUGCUAAUUGUCAAUCGUCGAGUAGCGUUUAUUAUUUUAUUUCUUAAUUUUUAAUGUAACACGUCGGGUAUAACUUAGUUAGCGCGGUAAGAUGCGUUAGGCUUUAAAGAAACAAAAAAAAAAAAUGAUAAAAGGAAACCACGGUAACACGUUAGAAGAGGGACGGGGUGAUGCAAAAGUGAAACAACCCCGUAGAGAUGAAAGAAAUGAUAACACGGUUAUUGUAUUCAUAAUACAGAUUAUAUUUUAUUUGAGCGUUAAAUGCUAUACAGCUUGCGACAUAAUGCGCUGCCUUCACUUUAUAUGUUUCCCCACUUUUAUUCGUUGGUAGAACGCAAGAUAUAUAUGUAUGUAUGUGUAUCACAAGGUUUUCUGGCGAACAGAUUUAUAAUUUAUAAAUAUCGAUGGUUGAAAUUGCAGAUUUUAUUCGAGUUAAGCUGCGCCUAUGCUACAUAGUCAAAUAAUUCUUUCAUGCAGAAUAUUUACAAUAAACAGGAAGAAAAAUUAUUCAAAAUUAACUUGGAAAUUAGUAAUAAGUGCUGCGAGUACGUUCAGAAAAUUGCAAAUUAAAGAAAUUAGAAUAAACUAAAGAUAGCAAUAAAAUUUGAAUAGUGUAGAUGCAGCAUUAACGCUAUAAAUGUACAUAAGUAGAUAUUCUCAAGAAUCCAUAAAAAGAAUUGAGAAACAAUGAAAUGCUAUCUAUCGCCAGAAUAUCCAUAGAGACCAUAAGAUUUCUCUGCGAAUGAAAUUCGUGGCGUUACACACGUUUAAACCCGCGAGUACAUUGCCAAGCAUUCGAUAAAAUAUUUAUAACAAAUGUGUAUCCAUAAUUGUUUAGCUGUUUCUUUUUUCAAACUAAAACAUGAAUUGCUGUUCCUUUGUGAUCGAGAAAAAGAACGGUAUAAGAAGAUUAAUCGCUUGGAAAUGUACUCGUUCGCACAGUAGACUUCUGCAAUGAAUUAAAAGAUGUUCUACGUUAGUGAUCGUGUCCACCUCUGUAUUAUUCUUACUUACACUAAUUUAAAAGAAAAGAAAUAACGCUGUGAUCCAGCGAUGAUGAUGCAAGCGUGUUUUAGCCAAUUUUUACGGUUAUAUAUGUUUAUUAAUUAGCAAUAUACACCGCAUAUACAUACAUAUAAUAUAUUACAUAUAAUAUAUAGGAUACGAGUACUGGCACUUUUAUUUGCACUGAAACAUCAUGGAAGCAUCGCACAGCACACUAUUUGUUUCGAUAGAAGAAAGAAGCGGUACACGAAGGCAACAUUCUUGAAGAACGUUAACAGGAUACAAUGUUGAAUAGGUAUUUGCAAUAGGGACGAUAAUUGCGUGAACUAUUAAGAGAUAUAAAACGUUGCGGAAGGGAAAAAAAAAAUUUAUUAUAUAUUAUAUAGAAAUACUAUGUUAUAUUAUAUUAUAUUAUAUUGUACACGUUCGCCCUGUUUAGAGGGUGGUGGAGCGCGUUUAAAAGAAACCACACACGCACAAAAAAAAAUAUAUAUAUAUAUAUAUAUAUAUAUAUAUAUAACGAACGUUACAUACAAUUAUAAAAACAGAGAGUAACACAAUAAAGAAAGGAAAAGUUGCACGUUCGCUGAUUAUCGUCGUUGUCGUCGGCUUGUACAUUUGUUUCGAAAUGUACGCGCAUAACGUAUGUACCUAGAGUUAUAUGGUGCCUGGUGGCGAUAAGAACGAUAACAAUCUAAAAUAACUAUUAUUAUUUUUAUUUGUUUUUAUCUAAUUGUAGUUUCUUUGUAACUCUUUGUGAUAUACAUUGCAAUAGUCUAUCCGACCGUUUAUUUCUUGUAUCGAUUAGUGCAACCUCCAUUAAAGCAAAGCAGAGAAACAUAA